GGACUUCACCAGUCUUAUUCUUUAUUGACAGCGUGUAUAAUCACGCACUCACCUCAUAAAACAUUUAUUGAUACAUUAUUGCUCUCCUUUGAAUGAAUACAAUAAUUUCACAACUGCCGUUUCCGUCUCAACUUAGAAAUUUAAACCAACCCAUAAUAUGUUUCCUUGCCAAAUAUUAACAAUGCAUGCACCGCAUUGUGAACGGAAAUGGCGUCUGCUACUUUACAACAUGUUAUUACAUCUCUUUUACGAGGACUCUGUAAGUCUAUAAACCAUUUUACUAGCAUUGAGGGUAUCAGGACAAUAUUAGACCAGUUUUAUCAGGCAUUAAGAUACAUGGAUUUCGCGCUGAUGGGCUAAAAAUGUGUGUAAGGAAGAGUUCGUUUCCUUUUGUUUAAAUGCAAUUAUCCUGUUUUGUUGCUCGCAGCAAAAAAAAAAAAAAAGCGAAAAAAUCUUUAUAAACCCUCACGUUUGUACUCACGUCACAUUGUGCCUUUCUUUAUUAUUUCUAUAACGAAAAGCUGAAUUAAACCCGACGAAAAAUGGGAGAGCAAGCGCAGGAUUGAUUCACUGGCUGUAUUGGUAAAUAUGACCACGUGAUCCAUGUAACCAAUCCCUGUAGAUGCAGCCAGCAAAAAUACUAUGAUUGUUCAUAGAGGAAAGCUUCCCCUAACAGUGCAUCCCGUAUUAUAUGAGUGGGAAGAGAUCAAAAAAUGUCUUCCAGUGGCAGUCUGAGUAACUGCUAUGUGGACGCGGUGAUGGGCCAGGAGGCGGAGGACGUGUACGGGGCUCGCUUUAUUCAGGCUCCACACACCAUGACCCCGAGGCCGUCAGGUGCCGGCGACAGCGCAGACUUUUCCUCGUGCAACUUCGCCCCCAAGGCGGCCGUUUUCUCGUCGUCCUGGUCCUCGGUUCACCCUCAGGGGCUCUAUCACCCGUACGUGCACCACCACCACCACCACCACCACCAGCCCCCGCAUCUGCCCGCGUCGGAUGGCAGAUACGUCGGCGUCCGCUCCUGGAUGGAGCCCAUCUCGAGCCACGUUUCCUUCGCCGGAUUCCACCCGACCAACGGCCGGCCGUACGCGAAGCCGGAGGUCCAGCCGGAGGUCCAGCCGGCCAAAGCCGCGGAGUGCGACGCGUCGGAGGCAGAGGCUCGGCCGAUCGCCGGAGAAUUCGCGUGCGGAGGAUCGGAGUGUCCAGAAAAGGCGAGCAAGGAGCACAGUGGAAGCGAGAUUUCGAGCCACAGCGAGCCCAAAUACGAGAAGCAACAACAACUUGACCCAAGCAGCCAAACGGGCAUCGUCUGA